GUAUUGACUAUUUGUCUCGUGCGCAUACGUCACGAGUAACUAGGAGGGGCGGUCAGUCGAUGUCAGACCGCUGCGCAGACUAGUUGUGUGGUGGUGCGCUGUCGAGCCAAUCUUCUAUUUAUAUUUACGAACGUGUGCAUCGUGGGUGGCAUUCGCGACGAAAAGCGCCCCAAUAAAGGUCAAAGAAUGUCAUCGUCGCUGACGUUGGAGAAAUUCGACUGCGAAGGCGAUCCUACCUCGGUAGGUGCCAGAUGGGAACGCUGGAAAAGAGCUCUCGACAUUUAUUUACAUGCAUCAAGUAUAGAACAAGGCGAGAAAAAGCGAUCUAGCCUAUUACAUUUUGGAGGGUUUGAAUUACAGGAAAUAUUUUAUAAUAUCCCUGGAGCUAAUGUAGAAGCAGCAGAAGGAGUAGACGUCUACUCAGUGGCUAUAGCCAAACUCGAUGCCUACUUCGCACCAAAACAAAGUAAGGUGUAUGAAAGACAUUUAUUCAGAUUAAUUAAACAAGAGCCGGAUGAAAAAUUUGAGAAGUUUAUUCUAAGAUUGCGACAACAGGCUGAUAAAUGUCAGUUCCAAGACAAAAAUGAUAAUAUUAUAGACCAAAUAACAGAAAAAUGUGCACAGACUGAACUUAGAAAGAAAAUUCUCCAAAUUGGGGAUGAAAUCACCUUGGAUAAAAUAAUAAGCGAAGCAAACACAUUAGAAGCUGUAAAUAAACAAAUGGAAGGAUUCAACAACAAAAAUAACACAGAACAGGGCAUCAAUAAGAUAGAUUCACGGUCUAAACGAACGUUUAACAAUAAUAAAAUCCAUCGUACAGGUUGCGGAAGAUGCGGUAACCCGAAACAUUUAUCACACGAUGCGAGAUGCCCUGCCAAAGAGAAAGAUUGUUUAAAAUGUGGACUUAAAGGUCAUUUUCGUCAAUUUUGUAGAACAAAACAAACUUUUAAAAGAAAAAUAGAACAGACAAAGAAAGAAGAUUACGACUCGAAGAAAAAUAAACAAAAUUGUAGUAUAAUAUUAAUGUAUGAGGGUGAUUUGAAAAUAAUAAAUAGUGUUCAACCUACAUUCGUGUGUUUCACUACAUGGUGACAGCGGUCUGCUUAUUUAAGUGUUUUUACGGUGAUAAAACUUACAAAUAUCGUAAAAAUAGAUUAUUAUAAGUUACCAGUGACCUAAAUUAAGUGAUACAUAAACAAUCAUGGAACACGCGCGUCCUCCAGCAGAAUUAACACUUGAAGGCGGGCCGGCCGCACGGGCCGA